AUGGAUUCUGUAGAUAGUUCCCCGGGUCCGUCCAUGCCUCGUCCGCACCACCAUUCCUCCCACAGCAGCGGCAGCUUACCCGCCUCUUCUCUCGCUGGCGGAACCUCUUCCAAUAGCAGCUCCCCUUACUUAGGUGGAAGCGGAGGCAAUUCCGCCCUAGGCGGGCGGCGGAGCAGCAGCAACGACUUGCUAGUAGCGGCGCCGUCGGUCUCCUCCUCUUCUCUUUCCACUGGCCCCGUUUCCCCUCACCAAUUCCUCCCCCCGCAUCUCGCGGCAAUGCAGCGCCGUCGCAACCAGUCGUAUUCCCCUUCUUCUUCCCCCGGCCCUCCGUCAACCGUCCGCGCAAUGGGGACCCCUCCGCCAGCGCCUCUUUUAGGAGAGGCGGCGGAUAUGUCUGCGCGAAGCAGCAGCGCCUUAGGCGGCGGUAGUAGUGAUAUCGCUGACAGCGGAGGUACUCGUGGGGGAGGCGGAGGCGGAAGCGGAAUCGGAAGCGGCGGAGGCCGGGUUCCGGUGUUCACGCGCUCGCUGUCCACCAACUCCCCGACGUUGUCGCCCGUCCACCCCUCGUACUCCGCCGGAAAUCCCGCUCCCAGUUACCCCCCUCCUUCCUCCACCGUUUCCCCGCCUUUACCCGUGGCUCCUUCCGCCAAUGCUCCGCCGUCUGGCGCGCUCCCUGGGCCCGCGCUCCCCCCGCUGUCGUCGUCACACGCGAGCAUGUUUGUGGGGCAAUCGCGCGCCAUGAUGAUGCUGCUGGACCGUUGGACGGGCCGCGUCGUACAGGCGAGCGGGUCGGCGGUGGCAGCGGUGGGCCUGAGCCGUGAGCAGCUGGCGGACGUGUCGCUGCUGGAUGUGGCGCAGGGCGUGCGCAUGGCGCAGUGGCGCUCCGCCGUCGCGGACGUGUUCGCGGGGGGCGAGGGGGCCACCGCUGUGCUGCGCUUCUCCCUGCCGGAGUCCCUGAGGGGAAAUCUAGCGGGCUACAGUGUGGACCUCACGCUACAGCCCUGCCGCCCCGUGCCCGACCCAAGAGCUGUCGUCGGCACACUCGCACUCGUCCGCUCCUUCCCUGCUGGCAGUGCUGCUGCUGCUGCCGGUGCUGGUGGUGGGUCUGGGGCUGGUGCUGGUGCUCGCCUUCCUGUGCCUUCAUCUGCCGCUCGCGCCGGUGGCAGCAGCAUGGGUGGAGGUGGUCCCGGUCCCCUGCCGUGUUCUGUCAGUGUGGACACUGCUGCUUCUCUUGCUGCCAUAGCGAACCGCCACGCCGCCGGCACCAUCCCGACCAGCAUCAGCGCCACAUCAGACGAUAACGAGGACGGCGACGCCAUUUCUUCCUCCUCUGCUUCUGCUGCCGCCGCUGCUGCUGAUGGUGGUGGUGGUGGUGCUUCGGUGGGUGGGUCAAAGAAGCUCAUGCGGAAAUUCGCCUCGCUGCUCUCCGCAGGAGGGAAGGCCCCGUCUCGCCUAGCCUCGUCCCCAGGCUCGGAUAGCGGAGGCUCGGCGCCGCUGUCGCUUGUGAUCGCCGACCCUACCUCGUUUGACAGUGGUCCGGAUAGUGGGGGCAGCAGCAAGGGAGGGGACAGUGAGGCUGGGGGUGCUGCUGCUGCUGCUGGGGGUGGGGGAGGAGGAGGGAAAGAAGGAGGGAAAGAAGGAGGAGGGUGGUGGGAGCGGCAUGGGUUCGAAGUGCAGACACCCGGAAGGCGGUUGAUUCGGCGGUGGGGGUCAGUGGGAGGCUUUGGGGAGAAGGGAGGAUCGUCAGGAAGGGACGCCUCAACCCCCUCCUCCUCCUCACACUACUCUAUCUUCUCCAAUCGCCCUCCUCCAGGGGAGAAGCAGAGGGGCGGAGGUGCGGGAGGAGUGGGAGGAGUAGGAGGAGUAGGAGGAGAAGGAGGGGGAGCAUCUCCUGUGUCGUUUGGGCCUGGGUAUGACAAGGGGGGGGGUGCAGGGGGAGGGGGAGCGGGAGGGGGAGCGGGAGGGGGCGGAGAUUGGAGAGCAACAGCGGCUGCAGCAGUUGCUGCUGUUGAAAGUGCUGCUAGUAGCAAAUGGCAGGAGGAGGAAGGCGACGGUUCCCCUGUACGUAGCAAGAGUCAGGGUGCGAGUGGGAUGGCAGCAGGAGGAGUAGGGGCAAGAGCAGGGGUAGCAGUAGUAGGAAGAGACGACUCGCCUGUACGCCUGAGUCUCCCUCCUUCCUUCGUCAGGCGCAGCAGCAGCACAGGCAGCACGUCAGCCCCGCCUCUUUCGCUCCCCCACGGCCCCCCUGCUCUCCCCCACGGCCCCCCUUCCCUGAAGAACUCGCUGAGCCUUGUUAUCCCCACAGAGGGGGAUGAUGAAUCGGGCGGUGGGGGAGAGGAUGAGGGGAGCGACUUGGGGGAGAGUGUUGGAGAGGCUGGGGAUGGAGGGGACGGGACGCCGGGGGAGUAUGGGUCGGAAGGAGGUGGGGGAGGGGGUGCAAGAGGAUUGGGCUUCAAGCCUCCGUUAGCGGUGGGAGGUAUGGGCGGGACAGGCGCGGGAGCAGCAGCGGGUGUGGGUAUGGGGGUUGUUGGAGGAGGUGUGGGAGGAGGUGUGGGGGAGCGGUCAGGGAGGCCUGCAAGGAGGCGGUUCAUGGAGGUGCAGACGCCAGGGCGGGCCAUGUGGCGGUCGUCUAGCUUCAAGAGCGGGCGCGACAGGGAGAAGGACGAAGCCGCACUGACAUCCUUGGCUCUGGCGGAACAGGGGGAGGGGGAGGUGGUGACGGCGGGGGAUCUGAUUCAUGGGACGUCUGCGCCUAGCAGUCCCAGGGCCACCAGCAAGGUGGUGAGUCUGGCGGGGGGCCAAGUGUGGGGCGCUGCUGUGGCUGUGGGUAGGAGCAGCAGCAGUGGCGGGGAGGGGACUGGCACGAGUAGCGGCGGUGGCAGUGCUGGUGGUGCUGGUGGUGGUGGUGGUGCUGCUGCUGGUGGUGGUGGUUUUGGUGAUGCUGGUGUCAGGCUGAAAGGAGUUCGAGGGUCCGACAAGGAGCGAGCGCGGCGAGGGAAGAAGGGAGGGCUUGCGGAGGAAUGGGCCGAUCUGGGAGGAGGAGGAGGCGGAGGAGGAGGUUUGAAGGGAUUGGGGAGCAAAGGGGUAGGCGGAGCGCGGUGGCUGGCCCCUAUGAACGCACUCUUUUCCAACAAGAGCAGCAGCAGCGAGAGCAGCAAGGGGGCAGGAGGGUUCCCCGGGAUGCCCAAGCCAAAGAAGCUGAUCAAGGGCAACUGGGACAUGUGGGUGUGCGAGGGGUGGGACAGCAUUGCUGCUGGAGACAUUGAUCUUUCCCAGCCUCCAGGGGCAGCAGGGCCAGGCGGAGCAGCAGCAGCAGCAGGAGGGGGAGGAGGAGGAGACGGGGGUGGUGGACUUGGACCAACAGCAGGGGGGGGAGCAGGGGGAGCAGGGGGAGCAGGGGGAGGGGGAGAGGGCAAGAAGCACAGUUUCGCGGCGUUUGUGCCGCGGCUGCACGUGUCUGGAGGGUUGGAUGAGCCGGUCCGGAGCAGGAGCGUGGGGCGCAGUGGGCUGCGGCCUGAGGUUGUCACCCCUGGGCCCAGGGCCAAGGGGAGGGGCCUGUGGGGCUCUGAGAGGGGCGCAGGCGCUGCUGCUGCUGCUGCUGCUGCUGCUGCUGCCGCUAAUGCUGUUGCUUCUUCUUCUUCUGCUGGAGAUCUCUUGCCUGCUGGUAUUUCUGCUGGUGGUGCUUCUGCUGCUGCUGCUGGCGCUGCUGCCGCUGCUGGUGCUGGUGCAGAAGCAGGGGCGGAUCGGAGGAGGAUGCUGAUGAAGCUGCGAUCCGGUCGCAGGGGGGGGUCCCGUGGGGAGAUGGAUUAUGCGGCAAUGAACCUGCGUGCUGCUCUUGAUGGGGACGCGGGCGAUGGUGAAGGAAGGGCAGGCGAGGGGAAGAAUGGUGAGGUGAAGGUGGCGGAGAGCAGGAGCAGCGAGGGGAGUAAGGUUGCAGGGGAGGGGGCAGGAGAGGGAGUGAGGGAGGGCGACGGGGAGGGGAGUGGUGGGAAGGGCAGGGAGGGCAGGGAGGGCAAGGAAGGCAGGGGGGACAAGGAGGGGGUGACGGGGAUUGAGAAGCUGGAGCCUCGGAGAAUGCUGAUGCGCCUACGGUCUGGCAGGAGGAGUGGUUCCCGGGGAGACCUGGACUUUGGUGCUCUGGGUAGAUCAACCGGGGCAGGGGGGUUGGGGGCAGGAGGAUUGGGCCCAGGGGGAUUGGGCGGUGGAACGGUGGGGCCAGGAGGGGUGUCCGGAGGAGGAGGGGGAGGAGGGCGCGGGGGAAUGGGAGAAGCAGGUGGGGCUGGGGAGGGAACGAAUGAGGAGAGUGGCAAGGGCAGUGGAAACAGUGUGUCUGGGGGAGAUGGUGUGGGAGAGACAGGUGAGAGCCAUCCAGACGCUGUUGGUGCUGCCAGUGGUUUCGCUGGUGCUGCUGUUGCUGCUGGUACUGCUGGUACCGCUGGUGCUGCUGGUGCAGGUGAGCGUGGGCUAGCGAAGGGAGCAGACGAGGGAGAGAGGGACAACGAUACCGCUGGCAAGGUGGUGGUGGUGGUGGAGAGGCCUGAUCCACGGAGGAUGCUGAUGAAGCUGCGGUCUGGGCGGCGGGAGGAUCUGGCUGAUAGCGCUGUGACGUGCGUGGGAAGUGAGGAGGGCGGGGUGCGGGGAGGCACGGGUGAUGAGGCAGGGAAGGGAGGGAGGGGAGGUGAGAAUGGGCUGUUUGGAGGGAGUGAUGAGGGGAAGGAAGAGGGGGAGCGGAAGGGGUCUGCUGAUGUAGGAGGUGCCGAGGCAGCAGCAGCUGCAGCAGCAGGAGGAGGAGGAGUAGGAGUAGGAGUGGCACCACCAGCAGCAGUGCCGGCAGCAGCAGCGAGGCCUGUACGCGGGCCGAUGUUAAUGAAAAUGAAGUCUGGGAGGAGGGAAGACAUCUGGGAUGGGCGGGACGCUGAGGCAGCGAAGGAUAAGGAGAGGGAGAGGGGUGAGGAGGGAGAUGGGAAGGCGGCGAGUGGUGCACCGAUGGAGGGGAGGUUGGUAGAUAUGGGGGGGGAAGGCAGAGGUGAGAAUGCAAGGAAUGAGAGGGGCGAAGCAGGCUUGGUUGUGGGGAGCGACGAGAAUGCUGAUGCAACCGCGGUGGUGCUUGCUGUGGGGAGGGGGGAGGCGGAUGAAGCGAGCCAGCUGGCAGAGGAAAAGGCAAAGGUAAAGGCAGAGGCAGAAGUAAAGGCAAAGGCAGAGGCAGAACGAGAGGCAGAGGAUAAAAGGAUGCAAGAGCAAGCGAGGGAGGAGGCGGUUAGGCGAGAGCUGCAGCAAUUGGAAGAGGAAAUGGCAGCACUAGAGUGCAUGCUGGGUGGUCUGAGGAGUGUGCAGGAGCAGACGAAUGCCCUGGAGAAGGAGGGCACGCAUGGGGAUCAGGAGGAGGAGGAGGAGGAGGAGGAGGAGGAGGAGGAGGAGGAGGAGGAGGAGGAGGAGGAGGAGGAGGAGGAGGAGAAGGAGGAGGAGGAGGAGAAGGAGAAGAGAGCGGGGAGCAGUGAGGAGAAGGAAGGGAAGGACAAGGAGAAGGAAGGGAACGAGGAGAAUGGUGGUGGGGGGAGUGAGGAGGAGGAUGGUAGCGUAGUGGAGCAUGGGAGUGAAGGCAAGGAGGAGGGUGAUGUGGCCGUGAUGGCUGAUGUGGAAGGGGGGGAGGGGCAAGGGGAGGUGGAGGAUAGGGCAUCUCUGGGCUUCGCUGUUCUGCAGGCCCCCUCUGGGCGCCUACUGCUGACCAACCCUGCCCUGCCCCUCCUGCUGGGCCUGCCCCCUUCCGCUCUUGCCCCCGGCACGUGCCUCCCUGCGCCUCUUCCCGAGACGCAAAGAGCUGCUGUUCAGGCAUGGCUGCAACAGGCUUCUGCAGGCGUCGCAAGUGCCCCUCUUUCUCUCUGCAUCAACACACCUCCAGUGCACACCGACGCACAAGAGCCCCCCGUUUCAACAGUAACUCUCCUCUCCGCUCCACACCUCCUUCCCCCAUCAGCUACUCAGUCCCCUCUUCUGACCGUUCUUGUAAUGAAGGGCGUUGUGUGA